UUAUAUUAAUUUGUGAACGAAUAUUAAAAAAGACCGUCCAGAAUAACAAGGCCACAGGAAGUUCAAAACUAUUUGAUUUUUUUUGUUCAAUAAUCAAAAGCCAUACCGUUUAUUUAUUUGUUUCCCGUUUGCCUGUUGUAAGUUAAAUUAACUUUAGUGUACAAUUAUCGGAUGUGUCGUACGCCGCUGAUAUGACAAAAGUAUUAUUAUUACAUUAGUCGCCAAAAAAACUUGUAAAUGGAAGUGCCAUGAUCACUGAAACUAGGUCUGCUGCUAUUAUUUUCGAUUUUAUUUUAUGUUGUGCUUGAGAAGAAACAAGUUGGCCGUAAGUACAUCAAGGAGUUAUAAAAUGGACGAGUUACACGUUUCCGAAGAAACCCCGUUGAAGUAUCCAAAGUCCGUGUGGCUAAUAGUGUUGUGUGAAAUGUGCGAACGGUUCAGCUACUAUGGGCUUAAAACCGUUCUCGUUUUGUACCUGACCAAAAUACUGAUGUACACUGGCGACGAAUCAACGAUAAUCUAUCACAGUUUUGUAUUUGUUAGUUACUUUAUGCCGGUUUUCGGUGCUAUUUUGGCUGAUACGUACUGGGGAAAGUACAAGACUAUAGUACUGCUGUCGUUAGUGUACGUGCUAGGAAAUGUUGCUUUGACGGCUUCUUCCAUUCUCGACACACUGCUGUCUCAAAGGUGCAUCGCUCUGUUCGGAUUACUUCUGAUAUCGACUGGCACUGGCGGCAUAAAACCGUGCGUUUACUCUUUUGGCGGCGACCAGUUCGUCUUGCCCAAACAGCAGAGAAUCUUUCAGCAAUACUCUACCCGAUUCGUAUUAGCCAUCAACAUUGGGGCUUUAAUAUCGUCGUACCUGACGCCCGAAUUCAGGGUGAAAUUCCACUGUUUCGGCCGCAACAGCUGUUACCCGUUGUCGUUUGGAGUGCCGGCCCUGUUGAUGAUUACAGCAAUAAUUUUUAUAGUGAGCGGCCGGCGGUUGUAUGUGAAUAAACAGCCAGAUAAAAACGGCAUAUACCGAACGACGGGGUGCAUAUUUUAUGCGUUGCGCAAUAAAUGGAGUUCACCCGUCGCCAGAUGCCAACACUGGUUGGACUGUGCCCACGCUAAAUACACCGAAACCGAAGUGUCCGAAACGAAAGCCGUCUUAGGAGUGACUACCGCUUUAAUGGCUUUUCCGAUAUUUUGGGCGUUGUACGAACAGCAGAGUUCGCGUUGGACUCUACAAGCCACGAUUAUGAAAGGCCGGUUGGACUACCUGGACUGGACCAUCAAACCGGACCAAAUGCAAAUGAUCAUUCCGCUUUUCGGAAUGAUGUUUCUGGUCUUGUUUGAUCUCAUUCUUUACCCGUUUUUGUCAAAAAUCGGAAUCAAAACUGCACUGCAAAAACUUGCUCUUGCUGAAAUCUUUGCGGUAGUUUCGUUUGCCAUUGCCGCUGUGCUUCAAUUCAAAAUAUUCGGUGAAUCCACUGUCGUAUCCAGCGGCGAAGGUCACAUAAACAUUUACAAUGGAUUUGAUUGCAACGUGUCUUUGGAUUCGCCAUUCCUAAACGUCGACGGUAUUGACGCCUUCAGCAUGACCAAAUUUAAAUACUCUCCGGUAGUCAAUGAGGAUCUGUUUAAGGUCCUUGUGACAUUUGACGAUACAUGUUCUAGCGUUCGUUCGGGUUACCAACUGAAUACAACCGUCACUAUUGUGGAAGGAAAGGUGGUGUCUUAUUUUUUAACUCGCAUUGAUGAGGACAUGGUUAUAUUAAACCGUAUCGGUGAACACGACGACCUAUCUAAACCGAAAAACGGUUAUCCCAUCUUGAGGCUCUUGAACGACUUUACGUCGUUUGACAAUGACGUUCAGCUGGUAACCGACGGAAAAACUUACCAACUGUCAACUACAUUUACCGAUUUUCAAGCGGUAGAACACGGCCAGUAUAAUGUGACAGGCAACGGAGAUGUGUUGCUCGAAAAUUUACAUUUAAUCCCGGCAACUAUCUACACGUUAAUGGUGCAACGCAAUGGUGCCAAAACGGACAUAAGAUUAUUUAACACAGACAAAGGGAACUACCUACAUAUACUCUGGCAGUUACCACAAUUUUUAUUCAUGAUUUCGGCCGACGUCAUUUUUGUGGUCUAUAGUAUGGAAUUUGUAUUCUCUGAGGCUCCGCAAAAUAUGAAAUCAGUAUUGUUGGCUUUGAAUUUCUUGACGGUGUCCGCUGGAAAUUUAGUUGUCGUUAUUAUAUCGGCGAUUUCAUUGAAAAACCAAGCACACGAAUAUAUUCUGUAUUGUUUUCUAAUGUUGGCAAAUGUCGUAUUAACAGUGUACUUGAGCGUUACUUACAACAAAAAAAUACUUAAACGCAAAGAAUUACAACUCAAGAAAAAUGAUAUCUCCUUAUUUUAAUACAAGAAGGCAUAUUUCGUUUUCAAAGUAUUUUAUUCAUCAGUGUAUUGUACAACUUGUUAUAUGUCAUUUAGAAAUACAAAAUAAUAAAUAUGUAGAAAUCUUCAUGAUAGCAUGUGAUUUAUGGAUUUACACUAUGUAUACAUAUCUAUAAAUUAUAAUAGAUAUGUUUGCCUAAAUAUAAAUAAGUUAGUGCCUUAAUUAAGUAACAAAAAAUUGCAAUCUAUUACUUUAAUUUAACAUGUUGUUAAAACACAUACUAUUUUAUUUUUAUUGAAGUAAUUUAUUUCAGCCGCAGACUCUGGCUUAAUUAUCCCAUAGUCUUUCCAUUACUGCUAGUUCUUAUGUAGUUCAAUUUGUAUAACAUGUAAGCCACUAUAAGUAUUAAGUAUUUUAAAUGUUAUUAUUAUUCUGCAAUUAUAUAGUUUUAUUUUUAUAUUUUUUAAAUAAGCUGGUGAAAUAAAAUCAAAACUCAUGAUAA